AUGCUUCGAACAAAAGAACUUUACACCACUGAGUGGAAUACAACCACAGAAGGAUUGUCAACGACAACAGAUUCGACAACUACACCGGCGACAACAUCAACUGAUCCUACAGCAACGACGACACCAACUGACACUACACCAACAACAACAACCGACACUACAACAUCAACACCAACGACAUCAACAGAUACAGCAACAACAUCAGCAACAACAACCGACACUACAACAUCAACACCAACGACAUCAACAGAUACUGCAACAACAACAUCAGCGACAACAACCGACACUACAACAUCAACACCAACGACAUCAACAGAUACUGCAACAACAACAUCAGCAACAACAACCGACAGUACUUCAUCAACACCAACGACAUCAACAGAUACUGCAACAACAACAUCAGCGACAACAACCGACACUACAACAUCAACACCAACGACAUCAACAGAUACUGCAACAACAACAUCAGCGACAACAACCGACACUACAACAUCAACACCAACGACAUCAACAGAUACUGCAACAACAACAUCAGCAACAACAACCGACAGUACUACAUCAACACCAACGACAUCAACAGAUACUGCAACAACAACAUCAGCAACAACAACCGACACUACAACAUCAACACCAACGACAUCAACAGAUACUGCAACAACAACACCAACGACGACAAUUGACACUACAACAACACCAUCGACAACUGAUACUACAACAACGACAACAGCACCAACGACAACGUCAAUGACAACAACAGACACUACAGGAACAACAUCAACAAUGACCACAGCAAGUACAACAACUUCAAUACCAACGACUGCUACCACUACAGACAGCACUGCUUCAACCGCAACACAAACAACAGCAACAACCACAGACACUACAGCCGACAACCACAGGCAAUACAGCUACGACGGCAACAUCAGCACCAGCAACUACACCAGCAACUUCAACAAUGACCACAGCAACUACAGCGACCAGUAA